GCGCUCGUCUUGGUACGGUCGGACCCGCAGCCGCAGCUGGCGGCCCCGGGACAUUGCAGAGAGAGGAGCACUCACUGUCUUUGACCUCCCUGGUGUCUGAGCACAGCGAAAGCACAAUUCCUUCAAGAUGCCGGUGUCAAAGAAGCACAGGAGAAAAAGCUCCGAAACCAUCCAGGAACCUUCGGAGAAGGUCAAAGAGCAGCUGGCUGAGGCCGAGCUUCGGAAGCUGAGGCAGCAGUUCAGGAAGAUGGUGGAAAGUCGCAAGUCCUUUAACUUCCGCUCCCAGCAGAAGAUCUCCAACCAGCACAAGGAAAUCAAGGCCCUUCAGGGAGAGCAGGAAGAGAUAGCUCUGCUUUUGGGUCUCAUCAAGUCCUCGAAGAACUUGAAUCUGAAUGAGAAAAACCACAUGGAGCUGCGUUUCCUGCUGCAGACCAAGGAUGACUACGAUGCCCUGAUUAAGUCAAUGAAAGUGCUGUUGACAGAACUGGAUGAGAAGAUUGUUCAGAUGGAAAAAAAAAUUAUAAACCAAAAACAGCUCUGCGCAAAGAUACAGGAAGCCAAUGACCCCCGGAAAUUGCAGAAGCAGAUCCACGUUCUGGAAACCCGUUUGAAUCUCGUCACCGUGCACUUCGACAAGAUACUGACCACCAAUGCUAAGCUCCGGAAGGAGAUUGAGGACCUACGGUACGAGAAGGCCGCUUACGACAACGUGUACCAGCAACUCCAGCGACGCCUGUUGAUGCAAAAGAAAACCAUGAACGUGGCCAUCGAGCAGUCUGCGCAGGCCUACAAGCAGAGGCUGGAAGCCAUGGCUCGGAUGGCUGCCAUGAAGGACCGCCAGCAGAAGGACAUUUGUCAGUACAACCUGGAGAUCCGAGAGCUGGAGCGUGUCUAUGCCCAUGAGACCAAGCUCAAGUCCUUCUUGCUUGUCAAGCUGAAUGACCGUCUGGAGUUCGAGGAGCAGGCCAAAAAGGAAGAAGCUCUCAAGGCAACGAAGCACAGGAAGAAGAGCAAGGGUGAGAGUUUCGAGAGCUAUGAGGUGGCCCACCUCCGGCUGCUGAAGCUGACCGAGGACGGGAACCUAAAUCAGCUCAUCGAGGACUUUCUGGCCAAGGAGGAGAAGAACUUUGCUCGGUUCACGUAUGUCACGGAGCUCAACAAUGACAUGGAGAUGAUGCACAAGAAGACCCAGAGAAUCCAGGAUGAGAUCAUCUUCUUGCGAUCCCAGCAGAAAUCAUCCCAUGAUGACAACCACUCCGUCCUGAGAGAGAUGGAGGAGAAACUGAAGAAGACCACGAAGGAGGCAGAUAUGUAUGAGAACAACUACAAGGAAAUCAGCAAGACCUUAGAGUAUCUCAAGAACUCGGUGGAGAAGCUGUUUAAAAAGAUUAACUGUGAUGCCACCACAAUUCUGGGGCACUUAGGGGAGAUGGGGAAAAUCACCAACGACAACCUUCCACAGUACUUUGCCAUCAUUGAGAAGAAGACCAACGACCUGCUGCUGCUGGAGUCCUACAAGCGGAUGCUGGAGAUGGAAUGGGCAGAGACCGAGACCCCACCGCCCUUCAUCAACCCUUUCUGGGGCGGUUCCGCCCUCCUCAAGCCUGCAGAACCCAUCAAGGUCAUCCCCCCAGUGUUCGGGCCUGACCCCUUUAGUGACAAGUUGGAUGAAGCAUCCUUCCUCACCUUGAUGAGCUGCCCCAGAUGUCCGGGAUGGGAACUCCAAGCUUUCCUAGGGAGCCAACAUCCGGUAUCCAGAGAACAAAGAAUCAGGCUGCUCAGAGAAGGCUGGCAUCUGGAGGCAUGGUUUGGCCAUCUCUACUUAGGGCAGUUGUGUGCCACCAACUUGAGGCAGGCAGAGGCACGGAAAGCAGUGACGCACGUGCUCCAUCAGGAGCCCAGUGCCUUGGACAGGCAAGGGAAGGGGCAGCAAAUGAGACUGGGGGUCCUCAGGAACCUGACUUCACUGGCCCCAGAUGCUUGAAGACUUGAGGAGGGUCAGUAAGUGAGCUGCGGGGACAGACCUGUGAUCCGAGGCUCUCCUCCAAGGACACUCUCAGGCAAGACGACUUUGCCCAAGACAACUUUAGGGUCUGCCAAGACUUCAGCAGAUGUUUCAUGAUGUGUUUUGAGAUCCACAGAUGAGAACAGCCGUGGGAUUCAUAGGA